CACGUGUCAUUUCUCACUCCGCACCCAUUCCGCAUUCCGCAUUCCCCAGCCGCAGAAGCAAAUGCUGAAAGCCUGAAACACAGCCAACAGCACUGAGAAAGGAGGAAAAAGCACUGCGAUCGCUUGAACGUUUUUGCGGCCAGCCACUGACCAAGUCAAAUCCCCCUCUCUCAAUCAACUUCUUCUUCUUCCUCCAUUGCUCUACUGCUAGCAAGAUCACAAAGAAUGGAAGCCUGUAUUGCAGGGUGUUGUAUGGGAAAGCAAGUGUCAUCAUUGUCAUGGAAGUCACGGAAUCCUUUUGUGGAAAGUGCCCAUAGAUUCCCAGGCAAUAUUGGCUGGGGCACAAAGAUGAAGCACCCAGCAGGGCCCAAACAUCUCUAUGUAGGCUCUAUUGCUAAGCACAGGAAGGGUUUAGUAUCUUGGAGAAUCUUCACCGUGCCAGUUAGUUUGGAGAAGUCAUUGUCAUUGCAUGCAGAAGCAUCUGCGGAUUCCCAAGAUCAGUUGCAUGAUAAACCAUUGACUAGUGACCAGGUGUUCCAAACCUUUCUUCGGUUACAGCUGAAGUUGCUGUUUGGGGAUCCAGAAAGAGCAAAGCUUGUCAAGAAACUAGGCGAAGCUAAUCAACAGAACCGAUUUCUAAAACGUCAGAUGAUGGUGAAUGAAGAAGCACUGGACAGCUUCAAAGCUGAACUUGCUGUAAUGGAACAAGAAACCCAGGCUCUGGUUGCACUGGCCGAAGAAAUAGCUCAAGCUGGCAUUCCUGCAGGUUCAAGAAAGAUAAAUGGGAAAUACAUCCAAUCCCACCUUGUUUCACGCUUACAAGGCUUGCAUGGAAAGUUGAAGGAACAAGUAAAGGACGUGGUUGCUGCCCAGUUAAAGGAGGUCUCCUUAUUCUGGUGCGGGAUGGCUGAGAGUGUGCAAGUAAUGGGUAGUUUUGAUGGUUGGAGCCAAGGGGAGCACUUAUCACCAGAGUAUGAUGGGUAUCUCACCAAAUUCACUACCACGUUAAUGCUCAGGCCUGGAAGGUAUGAAAUCAAGUUCUUGGUUGAUGGAGAAUGGAAGCUGUCCCCAGAAUAUCCUGCGGUUGGUGAAGGCCUCACUGAAAAUAACUUGUUAGUAGUUGCAUAGCUGCUAUAGCAUUGGAUGUCGUUGCUCAAACUACCUUUGAGUUUCAUUCCCAUCUCGCAUGUGGUUUGGCUAUAAAUGCGUAGUAGCUCGCUGUCAUGUGAAGAUCGACGCACAGUUUGUGAACAGUAAAAUGUUUCGUUGAGGGUGUUCUUGUUGAUGUAUUGCCUUCAUAAUUCUACCAGCCGUUCUUGGUAACAUAUAGUAGGCUCACGACUUCACUUAUCCCUUAAGACUCGUAAAAUCUGUAAAAAGAUAUUCAACAAGCAACAAUGAUACACUCUGUUUGGGAGGAGAUAGGGUGCAAAUGGUAGGGAUAAACACGGUUUUCAAUACAUUUGUACCCGUUUGAAUAAUUUGUAAUAGUAAGGGGU